AUGACCGGCAUGGUUCAGACUGACCUAGCCCAUCCAUCGACGUCCAAAUACAAAGACGAGCCUGCUGACGACCAUUUUCGACACUCAGGGCAUCAAGGCCCACCACAUCUUCAACUUCAAAAUCCAAGGCCAGCGAGUCUUGUCCAACAGCAAAAGCACCCCAAUUCGCCUCUUCAGCCCAGCACAAGUCUAUCUUCUGGACCAUACGCCUCCCACACCCUGGGAAACGGAAUUUUGCACCAUCAGAAUCCAUACGGACCACCCACACAAGAGCCAGCGUAUUACGCAUCGCAUCCUCCAUAUACGGCAGCAAGUGCACAAGCACAGUAUCCCUCAAGUGGACCUCCUGAAAUGAUGGCAACAGCAACCCAGAUGCAGCGGCCUUACCCUCCAAUCUACCAAACACCACAGUCCGGUUCUCCAGCAUCAGUAACUUCUCAGUCACAUGAGCAGCACAGCCGGAAUCUCUACGGUCAAUCGCCACAGAUGGCAUCGCAGAUGUAUGGCUACCCACCAUAUUCUCCUAUAAACCCUGUGCAGCCUUCACCGUACGCACACACCUCAUCACAGCACCCUCUCACGUCGCAGUCGAUGAUAUUGCCUCACCAGACCAGUUCUGCGCCUAUACCCCAUACCCAAGCACCAGCUGUCACCAUGGCGACUAGCCCCAGCACAGUUACGGCUCAGCAACAGCCAACACCUCCACAACGGACGGUUUUGAACCCACCACUUCCUGCAGCGAGUAGUGCCCCAAUCCCUCCAAGCGGUGUGCAUCAUCAAAACUCAGCUAUCGGAGCAAGUACUAGCGCUGCACCAGGCCCCAUUCCAGCCACCACCCCAUUGGUCGUACGACAGGACAGCAACGGAGUCCAGUGGAUUGCUUUUGAGUACUCUCGGGACCGUGUGAAGAUGGAAUACACCAUCCGUUGUGAUGUUGAAUCCGUUAACGUGGAUAGCCUAAGCCAGGAGUUCAAGACGGAGAAUUGUGUCUAUCCUCGAGCCUGCUGCAGUAAGGACCAAUACAGAGGUAACAGACUAGUCUACGAAACAGAAUGUAAUGCUGUUGGAUGGGCUUUGGCAGAGCUUAACCCGGCAUUGAGGGGAAAGCGGGGUUUGAUCCAACGUGCAGUUGACAGCUGGAGAAAUAGCAAUCAAGAUCCCCGACUUCGAAGCAGGCGUGUGAGAAGGAUGGCCAAGAUGAAUAGACGGCAAGGGCUCCCAGCACAGCCGCCUUCUCACAUGGCCACUGCAACACCUGUUGCACCCGGUGUUCCCGGUGCUAGCUUGACAGCUCCCGGUCCACGCCCGUCAUUGGGUCCUCUAGCCAUGGGCCCUCCGCAACUGCAUCACCACCAUGCUCAACCUGAGGGAAAUACGAGUAAUGAGGAAGUAAGCGGUACCGCUGAUUUUGGGAAUGGUACCAAUCGUCCACCUGCUCCGGACGGUCAUCCGACCCCUGGACAUUCACCGACGGAGAUUCGCACUGCCCAGGUAUUUCACGGCUUCCCUGCCUUUCCACCUCCUUCAGGGGGUGCUAGGGGCCCUUCAAUACCCCCUCUCAUUCGGGAUAGUGGGAUCGCCGCCCUUGGGCGGCACCCGGCUGUUGCUACAUCUUCAAGCAAGAUAGAGGAAGUCGAGGAUGACGACGACGACGAUGAUGAGCGUAACCCAAGCAAUGAUGCGUUGUUCGGCGUAUUUCCUGAGGGUAAACGCCGCAAGUUUAUACUCGUCGACGAUAAUCAGCGGGGUUGCCGCGUUCGUGUCAAAGUUAUGUUGGAUCAGGUGGACAUGAACGAGAUCCCCGACUCAUACCGAAUGUCGAACUCCGUCUACCCUCGAACAUACUUCCCCGUUCAAAUGAGGAACCCUCCCGGCCGAGUCAUUCCUGGAAGAAGAUACAUCAAGGACGAGAAUGAGGAGGAUGAGGAGGAAACCCCAACUGUCGGGCGCAUUCUGGUCCCGGCCCCCAGUGUCGAUGGAGAUAAUGAAAUUGCUGUUCCAAAACUGUCUCGAGCACGUCGAAAGAAGGAAGUCUUAUUGAACGACCUGGGUUAUCGAAUGAGUUGGAGCCAAAGUCGUGUCUUCGCUGGGCGCAUGCUGUUCCUACAGCGUUCUCUUGACGCGUAUCGAAACAAAAUGCGCAGUACUAUGCUGGCUGCGGGCCAGGAACCGACUGCAAUUCCCCGACACUUCGAGACCCGAGCCGGAAAACGAAGAUUCCUUGAGCGCAAAAGACGAACAACAGCUCCUCUAGGCCGGGCCAGUGGGGCAAAUACAUACUCUGCAUCCCGACGCAGCGCAGAGGAAGUUGAGGCUUAGGAAUCCUAGAUCGAUAUAGACUGUCGUCGAUCGUCGUGCCGAAACCGAUUCUCUCACAUCUUUUCUGCAUUCAUUACUUACAGUACUUUUAUGAAGUCCGUGCUUCAAUCCGGCAGUGAACCUGGGGUAUGAAACAUGGUCGCUAUACCCAUUAUACAGGGAUCAUGGGUGUCUCCAGAGCCGGAAAUACGGCGGUUUAUAGCUUGUUUAUGGUUGGCUUAUGGGGUUGUGGUGUUUGGGAGUGGGAACACCUGUUUUCUUUUCUUUUCCUUUCUUCUUAUUCUUCUUUAUAUUCCUUUCUGUCUUGUACGACACACUGUUAUGACCGUAAUGACUAUGCCGCAGGCAGAUAUGAUUAUGACGGGAUUUGGGACGGAAAAAUGAUUUUUUUUUAUGUGAUAUGGAUAUGUACUCCGUAUGUUGUCAAUGAAUUAUUGCAUGUACCAUGAACGAAUGAUGGGAUGCACGUUUUCGUGAUUCUUUUAUUUUUCUUUUUUCUUUUCUUUUUCUUUUCCUUUUUUUUUUUUCUUUUU